UGUGUAACUCCUUCUCGCGGUAUCGCCAACAUGCGCGGGUUUAUUAAAUUCAAGGCUGCCAAAACUUAGGCACUUGGAAUCACGGCCCUCAAGGUCGUCUUCCCCAUUCUAGCACUAGUCCUGAUAUGGAAAGAGGGGUCUAGUUCUAUCGAUAAGCCACAAAAUUUUGAAAUUCCCAGGCAACUCCAAGAUGCUGCUCCAAGUUCGCCGUCGCUGAAAUCAUCAUCUUGUCCAAUUGCUCAAUUCUGCACUCGUUCACGAUGCCCAAGGCAACUACCCCAAAGGGCCGCGAUGCCCGUCGCCACAACCCGCUCGAAGAUGACAUUGUUGCCACCGGCGUCCUGCGCACCAAGCCUGGCAAGCGCAAGUCUCGCGCCGACAACGAAGACGAGAGCUUUGUCGACUCGAAAGCAUCCAAGAACAUUCUGCGCAUAGGCAGAGAGCUGGCGGAGGAAGAGGAUGCUUCGCGACCGAAAUCGCAAGCGCCAGCCGGUGCGGACAGCUUUGGAUACGACUCUCGAUUCGAAGAGGAGCAGGUCUAUGGCGACGAGGACGACGAUGCGGCAUGGGCCGAUCAGGAUGAUGAGGAAGUCGAGGAGAUCGAGGUGGAUCCCGAGGAUCUGGCGACAUACCGAAAGUUCAUGCCCGAUGAGGAGGCUGAUGACUUGCUUAAACACGGAUGGGACCAGAAACCCUCAGGGGAGGAAGAGCACGAGGAGCCUGUCAAUCUGGCUGAUCUGAUUCUGGAAAAGAUCGCGGCCCACGAGGCCACUGAGGCGAGGAAAGCAGCAGGCAUCCCAGAGGAGGACUACGAGCUGCCGCCCAAGGUUGUCGAGGCGUACACCAAAAUUGGUGAGAUCCUCGCGCGCUACAAGUCAGGUCCUCUUCCGAAACCCUUUAAGAUUCUCCCAACUGUGCCUCAUUGGGAAGAUAUCAUCUUCGUUACCCAACCCGAGAAAUGGACACCGAAUGCCACAUUCCAAGCGACACGGAUUUUCGCCUCGAGCAAGCCAGCCAUUUGCCAAAGAUUCCUCGAGAUGAUUGUCCUCGAAAAGGUGCGAGAGGACAUUUACGAGAACAAGAAGCUCAACGUGCAUCUCUUCAACUCUCUCAAAAAGGCGCUGUACAAGCCAGCUGCGUUCUUCAAAGGCUUCCUGUUCCCGCUUGUGAGCAGUGGGUCGUGCACACUGCGCGAAGCACACAUCAUUUCCGCUGUCCUUGCCAGGGUCUCGGUUCCCGUGCUCCAGUCCGCGGCGGCGCUGAAGGGUCUUUGCGAGAUUGCCGCCCAGGAGGCUUCGCAGGGUACCGAGGGUGGUGGCGCGACCAACAUUUUCAUCAAGACCCUGCUGGAGAAGAAGUACGCCCUUCCAUACCAGGUCAUUGACGCCCUCGUCUUUCACUUUAUGCGCUUCCGCAGCAUCAAUCCGGCGAGUGUACAGGCAGGCAGCGAACCAAUGGCGGGAGUGGCAGAGAACACGAGGAGCAAGUUGCCCGUCAUUUGGCAUCAGAGCUUGCUGGCUUUCGCUCAACGGUACAAGGGGGACAUCACCGAGGAUCAGCGCGAGGCGCUCUUGGACCUGUUGUUGAGCCACGGACACUCCGCCAUCGGACCUGAGGUCAGGCGGGAGUUGCUUGUUGGGCGUGGGCGAGGUGUCCCCUUGGAGGCGCCGACAGUGGGCUUGGACGGCGAUGAUACCAUGAUGAUUGAUUAGGCGUGCCGGCGGGGAGGCGGCUUUAGAAAGGACGACAUGAUGAACGGCGUUUGGCGCAUGGAAUCGGCUUGGGCUUGGCAUCAUAAUCCACAGCGAAAAGUUGGACGACAAUUAUAUCAUCUUUUACUACAUAAAUGGUACCAUAACUCGGACGUGAUGCUUUCAGGCAUUCCUGGCACACUGAUGACACUGACGGUAGACCUCGCUCAACAG